AUGCAUUUGCAAGCAAGCAAGCAAGCAAGCAUUCAAAAUCGAGAAACAUUUUCCGACUCCAUGAUUAUUAUGUAUAUCCCCCAACAACCAAUCCGCUCCAUUCAAGCACAAAGGCCCACAAAGCCUUACAGGGCCAGCCAUGCAGUUCAAAAGGUCAUCCCAUCAACGAGCAUGAUGCCUGUAAAUUCUCCCACUCAAAAACAGUACAGGCUGUACAGUGCAUCACUGCAUCUGACCAAUCAUGCAAUGCAGUGGGAUGGUCCUCAAGAAACGGGAAUCUACGACUACAUCGUCGUAGGUUCGGGAGCUGGGGGCGCGCCGUUGGCAUCUCGACUUGCUCGUGCUGGUCAUUCGGUGUUGCUCAUCGAAGCCGGAGAUGAUGAGGGCGAAUCGCUGGAAGUUAAAGUACCUGUCCUUCAUCUCCUAUCGGCAGAAAAGCCGGAGAUGCGUUGGGAUUAUUUUGUGCGCCACUACGAGGACCCUGUUCAGCAAGCCCGCGAUAAGAAGAUGAGUUACUCAUGCCCAGACGGCUCCAUCUAUACCGGACUCUAUCCUGCCUCUGGAUGCCAGCCAUUGGGUGUGUUGUACCCACGAUCUGGUACGAUGGGUGGCUGCACUCAGCACAACUCCGAGAUUUCCGUAUACCCAUGGGAAACCGAUUGGGAGUAUCUUGAAGAGCUCACGGGCAACUGGACUUGGAGUGCGGACAGUAUGCGCUCAUAUUUCGUCCGUCUUGAGCGCAAUCGCUACUUGCCCAGCAGUGUCGUUGGCCAUGGGUACCAGGGAUGGCUCGAUUUGACGCUCACCCCUCUCACUCUCGUCGCGGAAGAUCCCAAGAUCACAUCGCUCGUGCUAGCUGCGGCCGCUGCAAUGGGCAAAGGACUCCUCGGAAGCCUGUUGAAUACAGUCAAAGGCUUGGCUCAUGUCCUCGCUACAGACCUCAAUGCACCCGGGAAAUCUCGUGACGAAGAUGCGAACCUUUGGCAGGUGCCAAUCGCGGUCGACCCUACAGACUCAACUCGAGCUGGACCAAGAAAGUUCAUAUACGAUACCAUCAACAACGGCUACCCUCUGCAUUUCCAACCGAACACGUUCGUGACGAAGAUUCUGUUUGAUCAAACCGGAUAUAGGCCCAGAGCGUACGGAGUGCAAUACGAAUGUGGCCAGUACCUCUACUCCGCAAGUCCACUCUCGCCAGGAUAUUUAGCUGGAGGCAGUCGAGGCCAGCCAGGUUACGCAUAUGCCAGAAGAGAAGUCAUCAUCUCUGCUGGCGCAUUCGAGUCGCCAAAACUCCUCAUGCUCAGUGGGAUUGGCGACUGCAACCAACUCGCAAGCUUUGGGAUACCAUGUCUCGUGAACCUUCCAGGUGUUGGCGGCAACAUGCAGGACCGUUACGAGGUCAGCGUCUCCGGCAAAUCCCCCAGCCCCUUUCCCCUCACCCAAGAGUGCAAAUGGACCUUCUCAUCGCCAGAUCCUUGCCUCGAGACCUAUCUGAGUAACACGGAUCCUGUCGACAGAGGUGUAUACGGCAGCAAUGGGCUCGCAGUUGCUAUCACGCUCAAGUCUUCCACGGGCGAGGGUCCUAACCCGGAUGUAUACAUCUCCGGAGCACCUGCCAAGUUUACGGGUUACUUUCCGGGUUUCGCAGAAGAUACGCUAGCAGACAACAACCAUUGGGUCUGGCUGAUUCUGAAGGCUCGGUCUCGCAAUAAUGCAGGCUACGUACGACUCCGCUCGACGAAUCCAUUCGAAAUGCCAGAGAUCCAGUUCAACUCAUUCGCGGUUGGCGGCGACGAGGAUAUCAAAGCCAUCAGUGAGGCCGUGGACUUUGCUCGGCGGGCGUUUGCACAUCACAAUGAGCUCGGUAUCGACGGCGCUUUCGCAGAAGACAUCCCAGGCCCCCAAUUGCAAGGACCAGCUCUUGACCAGUGGAUCAAGGACAUAGCCUGGGGACACCACGCUACCGGCACUUGUGCUAUUGGGCGGCCGGACGAUCCCUAUGCGGUCCUGGACGGCGACUUUCAAGUCUAUGGCGUGGAUGGACUGCGGGUCGUGGAUUUGUCCGUCUUUCCCAAGAUCCCGGGUUACUUCGUCGCAUUACCCGUCUACACCAUCAGCGAGAAGGCCGCAGAUGUCAUUCUUGGCUUUGGACCUGAUCCCAAUGCGCACUUUCCUGAUGCUGGAGGUCUGUUCGGCACACUGGGUUACGGUUUGGCGGGGGGACUCACCCAAGGAGUGCAAGAUCCGGAAGGUCUUCUGGGCUCUUUUGGGGGCUAUUUGGGCGGCUUUGGACUAUUCGAUAACAAACAGCCCAUUCAUAAGCGCGAGCAGGCGGUCCGAGGUCCGUCAGAAGCGUAG